AUGCCCAAUUUGGACAAGUCCAAGAGGAUGCCCAACGAUGAUGGAUCAUACCAACGACUGGAGACGGCACGCGCAGUAAAUGCUGCCGGUGCUGAUGAAGCGUUUGCUGUGAAGGACUGCGGUACCGUUGAAUCCAGAAGUUCCAAUUCCGAGACCGACUCAACAGAAGGAGACAAUUCUUCCUCCUUCGCGUUCACCGAUCUGUAUCGUUACGCGACUGCCAUGGACAAGGUGCUGCUAACCGUCGGUAUCAUCACUACUGGAGCUAACGGUGCACUGUUCCCAUUCAUGGCAAUUGUUUUCGGUGAUGUCCUUACGGGGUUUGGAGACGUCCCAAUGGAUAUGGACGCAGUCAACAAGGGUGCACUCGACUUUGCUCUCAUCGCGGUGGGUCUGUUUGUCACGGACUACUUGUCCUACGUAUCAUUCUACUACAGUGCGGAGCGUCAGAUGAAGGCACUACGAAGCGAGGCACUCAAGCGCAUGCUGUAUCUGGACAUAAGUUGGUACGACAAGAACGACGCACUGCAACUAUCCAGUCGACUGACAGGGGACACGGUGAAGAUCAAAGACGGCAUGGGUCAGAAGCUCGGCGACUCUAUCCGCUAUACGAUACAGUUCAUUGUAGGCUUUGCUAUUGGUUUUGUGCGUGGUUGGGAUACGACGCUGGUCAUGGCCUGCGUUAUCCCUUUCACCACCUUAUCGAUGAGCUGGGUCAUCAACACAAUGCGUGUUAAAGCUGAGUGGGCCCAGAAAGUGUACGCUGAGGCUGGCUCAGUGGCCGAGGAGACUCUGGGGUCUAUCCGUACGGUUGCUUCGCUCAAUGGCGAGAAGAAGGCGAUCGCGAAGUUUGAAGACAAGGUUUUGCUAGCGGAGAGAGAAAACAUCGCGAUGCACAAGACGUCGUCCUUGGUGCUUGCUGGGUUCCUUAGCAGUACGUGGGUUAUGCAAGCGGUUGGCCUCUGGUAUGGUGGGUGGAAGGCUUCGCAAGGCGACACCACGCCGGCAGACGUGUUCGCUGCGUUCUUCGCCGUCAUGAUGGGGACUGGUUCAUUAGGACAAAUCUCUCCUAACAUUACAGCCGUGUCGACGGCAAUUGGAGCAGCCAGAGAACUCUUUGCCAUCUUAGACACUCCAAGCACCAUCAAUUCCGAGAACCUAGACGAAGGCAUCAUCCCCGAUUCGUGUGAGGGGAAAAUUGAAGCUAUCAACGUCAACUUUGCAUAUCCGAGCCGUCCUGAUGCUCAGAUUCUCCGCGACUAUUGCGUUACCAUUGAGCCUGGUCAAACCGUGGCGUUCGCAGGAUCCAGUGGUGGCGGGAAGAGUACUUUGAUUGCACUCUUGGAGAGGUUCUACGACCCCAACAGCGGUGCGAUCUACCUUGAUGGUCGGGAUGUCAAGACGCUGAAUGUCAAGUGGUUGCGUUCGCAGAUCGGUAUGGUCUCCCAAGAACCGGUGCUGUUUGCAACGACAAUCUUCGAGAACAUAGCUAUGGGUGGAGAUAACGUGACCCGUGAAGAAGCCAUCGAGGCGUGCAAGCUGUCGAACGCGCACAACUUCAUCAUGUCGUUGCCGGAGAACUACGACACCCUGGUUGGUGAGAAGGGCGUAUCGCUGUCUGGUGGCCAGAAGCAGCGCGUGGCGAUUGCUCGUGCUAUCGUUCGUAAGCCUAGUAUUCUGGUGUUGGACGAGGCUACGAGUGCUCUAGACAACGAGAGUGAGAAGAUUGUGCAGCAGGCAUUGAACGAUUUGAUAGCCUCAACGAACAUGACAACCUUAGUGAUCGCCCACCGAUUGAGUACCAUUCGUAACGCAGACAAGAUCGUCGUGCUGAAGGAAGGGCGCAUUGUGGAGAGCGGGACACACGAUGAAUUGCUGGAGAUUGCGGAUGGAAUGUACCGAUUAAUGCACCAUACCCAAGAACUUGGCUCUAAAAGCGAACAAGAAGAAGAAACCAGUGGCUCCAGUGGAAAUGAGGUUAUCUGCAACUCCAUGGCGCGUAGUAUGAGUGUGGUGUCAGCGAAGACGGACAUUUCGGUGAGUGAUGUGGAGACGAAUGCGCUUGACAGGAAGCCAUUCGGGCUGAAGGAUGUGGCGAAGGUUAGCCAACCCGAGCUCCGUUAUUACGUAGUUGGUCUCAUUGGUGCCUGUGUUGGUGGGAUUCUCACCCCGGUGUCAGCGCUGCUAGUAGCUGAAAUGAUCACGUCGAUGACGGAAAAGUUUGGGCUGUACGAGGACUCGGGAGACAAAUCAUAUCUGAGUGAGCUGUACGACAAUGUGCAGCUCUGCGGCAUUUUGUAUCUCGUUGGCGCGGCGGCGAUCCUGCUGUUUACGUACAUGCAAACGUACAGCUUCAAGUUUAUCAGUGAGAAGGUCACGACUCGGCUACGUAGCGCGAACUUUGAGGGUCUGUGCCGACAAAACGUGGGCUUCUUCGACGAGAAGGAGAACGCGACGGGUGCAUUGACGGCUGACCUAGCUACGAACGCCGUCAAGGUCGCUUUGGUGUCCGGUGACUCUCAGGCGCAACUGUGGCUGGCCAUCUUCACUGUGUUCGCUGCGCUUGUCAUUUCGUUCGGGUUUGGCAGCUGGCUGUUGUCACUGAUCCUCAUGGCGAUCCUGCCGCUACUGGCCUUUGGAAUCUUGGUUCGCAUGAACGAGAUGGAGGGGAACUCCCUUAUCUCCGACGACUUGGCGGUUCCUGGUGCUCAUGCGUCGGAGGUUCUCGGUAACAUCCGAACGAUUGCAGCUCUGGGCCUCGAGCAAAAGUCUGUCGACAUUUUCGAUGAGCUGCUAGAGGAGCCACUUCGCAAAGGCAACAAGGAAGCCCAAGUCAACGGACUGUCUCUAGGCUUCAGCUCCUUCAUCUUCAUGGCUACCUACGCGUUCAUCUUCUGGUUCGGAGCUAAGAAGGUGAACGAUGGCACCAUCAGCAUGUCCGACAUGAUGCGCACACUCAUGGCCAUCAUGAUGUCGAUUCAGGCGGCGGGCAGUGCGUCCAAGUUUUUUGGCGAUGCACCCAAGGCUUUCAAGGCUGGCUCAACCAUUUUUGCGAUCCGUGAUCGCGUAGUUCCAAUUGAUUCGUUCAGUCCCGACGGACUUCGUCUAGCACAGAUCGAAGGUCAUCUGGAGUUCAGAGAUAUCUCGUUCCGGUACCCUACUCGUCCGGAGAUCAACGUGCUGAAGCACUACAACCUCACCAUCGAAGCAGGACAAACUGUCGCGUUCUGUGGCCCAAGUGGUGGUGGCAAGAGCACCAUUAUCUCGCUCAUCGAGCGCUUCUACGACCCCGUGGCUGGCGAGGUGUUACUGGACGGUCAUAACAUCAAGGACCUGAAUCUCAACUGGCUACGUAGUCAGAUCGGUCUCGUCGGACAGGAACCCACGCUGUUCAUCGGAACCAUCGCUGAGAACAUCUCGUACGGCUUGGCAGAGCAGCCGAGUCAGCAACAGAUCGAGGACGCUGCGAAGAUGGCUAACGCGCACGACUUCAUCUCCAAGUUCCCGGACGGCUACGACACUCAAGUGGGCACGAAGGGCGAGCAGUUGUCAGGCGGCCAGAAACAGCGUAUCGCCAUCGCACGUGCUAUCUUGAAGAACCCUGACAUCUUGCUACUGGAUGAGGCGACGAGCGCGUUGGACUCGGAGAGCGAGAAGGUGGUGCAGGAGGCUCUGGACAAUGUUGUGGCGUUGAAGCGGCGCACCACGAUCAUCAUUGCUCACAGGCUAUCGACGAUCCGCAAGGCGGACCAAAUCUGUGUGGUGAGCGGCGGCAAGAUCGCGGAGCAAGGCACGCACCAGCAACUGAUGCAACUUAACGGCAUUUAUGCUGGACUAGUGACGUCUGCAUCAUCUUAGGCAAAGUUGAAGUUGUUGAAGCUGAAAAUAAUGUGUUGUCCACACCAUCA